AUGAGCAACGUUUUGGACGAUGUGGACCCUGAACUGUUCCGAACGUACGCCUUCUGGAACGUGAUAUUGGUAGUGAAAAUGCUGGCCAUGUCCCAGCUCACAAGUCUCACGAGAUUUCGGAAAAUGGCUUUUGCGAAUCCUGAGGAUGUCUCACCAUUAAGCCGUAAGCUCAAACCCAAAUUCGAUGAUCCUGACGUCGAACGGAUGCGCAGAGCUCAUCGGAACGAUCUGGAGAACAUUCUGCCUUUUUUCGUGGUUGCCUUUCUCUACCUACUGACCCGUCCGGAUCCGACACUGGCCACGCACCUGAUUCGAGCGGCUGCCAUCGGGCGAAUCGUGCAUAGCAUUGUUUACGCAGUGAUCGUUCUGCCCCAACCUGCGCGUUUGUUGAGCUACGGGAUGACGUUGCUUGUUACAGGAUUCAUGGCUUGCAAGUGUAUCUUGCACUUUUUGUAGUUUUCGUAAGAAGUAGAAAAUCUUAAUAAUUA